AUGUGGGAAGCUCUGAGCUGCUGCCCCGAGGAGCUGCUCGAGUCGUCCGCAAGCAAUGUAGUUCCCACCACCAGUGAAAUUAGAGGAGGAGGAGGAGGAGGGGGAUCUCUUGCAGAAGAGAGCAGCGAUGGUCAUGAGCAGGAGAUCUUUGAUUUUAGCGGUGAGAAUAUAAAGGAUCAGACUAGCUUGUCACACUAUCUCCAUAUUCUUGUCAAGGAUGAUGAUAAUACAUCGCAAUCUCCCCCAAUCCAACCAGAUUUAGCACUUGAGGGAUCUAGCUUCCAAACCGCCACUACCACCAUCACCACCACCAAUGCCACGGAUAAUCUUGAUUGCAUUAGCACUAGCAUCCAGGAGUUUAAAGAUCAUGGCAGCAGUUCUUCUUCAUCUGGGCUUCUGGAAGAUCUCGCUGGUGUCACUACAAUAUCAAUCCCAUCAGCACCACUACCACCUCCUCCAUCUCAUGAUGCACCAUCUUGUGAUCACGAUCAUGAUCAAAUAGUAAUCAUGCCCUCUAGCUAUGAACCAGGAGGCGAACCAGGAGGUGAAGAGAACGAUCCGAUCACAGAAUUCAUGAGGGAAUUUCCUCCGAUUAUGAUGGAACACUCCUCAGUAAUUCACCAUAAUUUUCCAUCUCCAUUAAGCUUUCAUCACAAUGCUCUUCCCCCUCCUCAUCCCGCUAUACCAUUCUUGCACCGCCACCCUCAUCCCUGGAACCAUCAACUCUACAGGAGCUUGAGCACUGGGAAUUUGCCCGUGUCACCACAUUUCCCACUGGGAUUUCUCUCGUCACCUAUCUCCAGAUCAGUGAGUUCCAUUCCAGCUGCGACCUCGGCCACUGCAGCUACCGCUGCUGCUGCUGCUGCUUCCAGUCCUGGAACUCCGGACGAUCCAGCAAUGAAAGUUGGCCGCUACAGCCCCGAGGAGCGAAAGUAUGCAUGUCGGAAGACUCUAGCAGACAGUCGCCCAAGGAUUCGUGGGAGAUUCGCAAAGAACCAGGACGCUGGGCUUCCGCAGAUGAAGAGGAAGCUCGACGACGAUGACGACGACGAAUGUGAUAUACUAAUGGGAGAUGAGGAGGAUUACUUUCUGGAGAAAGAUGUUGGCUCAAGUAAGAUUUGUGUUCUUCUUAAACUUAUAGCAGCUCAGUUUUGGCAGAUAAAUUUUCUGUAG